AUAAUCGGCACGCCGUCUACAAGUCUACGCUAGCACUACAUACAUAUAAACCAUCAUACGAGUUACUUGGAGUCAAACACUCCCACCAAUACACACAUAUCGAUUGAUAUAGGAAGAGUGCCAGUAAGCCAGCAAGUGCAACGUUGGCAAAUAUUUUACGUGAAUAGAAAGGAAUUCGUAGAAGCAAGAAAAUCGUUAGUGGUCGAAAAUGUUCUCUGGUCUAACAAAUCAGUUCACUUCAUUGGUGGGCGCCGUCAAGGGCGGUCAAGCCGACGAAGAUGUGCCUGCACCUACCCAAGAUGCUGUUGCCGCUCCGGAAGUAUCCGCUGCUACAGCAGCACCAACACCAGCUGCAGGCGCCGAACAAGCAGCGAAUGCGGCUGGCGUCAGUGGGGAGCAGCCUGUUGAAGGUGAAGAGGGCGCUAAAAGUGGUUGGUUGGGAAGUGCCAAAGGCUGGUUAGGCAGUGCCAGCGCUUCAAUUCCAUCAAUGCCGGCAAUGCCUACCAUGUCUAUGCCAUCAAUGCCAGCCAUGCCGUCGAUGCCCUCAAUUCCGGGGCUGCGCAAAGGUGGCGCCGAAGCUGGUGAGGGUGUCGCCGCAGAUGGCACUGUCGCCGAAAGUGGUGAUCCUACAGGUGCCGUGAGUGGUGAUGAUGAUGACAAAUCGAGGUACAUUAGCGCUACAGAGGGUGCCGAUUCGCAUCCCGCUUCCGGCGGUGGCACUCCCACUGGUGAUGAGGGUCAAAUCGGACAGGGUAAGGGCGAAGAAGCAAACAUUACCACCAAAGUAACACAGCAAGCUAAGCAUUUCGGCUCAUUCUUGUCGUCGGCCAUAAACAAGGCGGGCGCCAAAAUCAAGGAGACUGUCAAGGAGAAUCCCAUUCUCGAGUCUUUCAACAAAGAGCAGGAAGCCUUUAUUAAAAGUCAAGGCGGCUCAGAUUCCGGUAUGGCACCAUGGAUUGGACACACCAAUGAGGCUAAGAUCAAAGAAGAGAUACUCGGUCUCUCACAGGAUCGUCGCAAUUUCGUGCGCGCACCACCAGCCGGUGUUGAUUUUGAUUUCAACUACGAUACAGCGUAUCCCACAGCUAUUGCCAUAAUGGCCGAGGAUAAAGCGCUGGAAACAAUGCGAUUCGAACUGGUUCCCAAAAUUAUCACCGAGGAAAAUUUCUGGCGAAAUUAUUUCUAUCGCGUUUCACUAAUUAUCCAGGCAGCUGAAUUGGGUACACUCGGCGCUGAUGGUGUUGGUCAGGCCUCAAGUGGUGAAGACGCAGUCAAAAAAGUAACGGACAAAGCCAAAGCUGCUGCUGUUGCUGUCAAUGAAGAGCAAACAAGCGCAAAUAACACCGAUAUCAAAGUAACUACCGCGAUUUCACCGAUAUUUAAACAACCCACCGGUGUUGGUGUUGAUAAGCCCGUGAGCCAAAAGACACGACACAGUGAAUCGGAAUUUGUUUCCGACUCAUACCGUACGAAUGCCGAAACUGAUUUGGAAGAAAUCAAGGAUGGCAUGCGCAAAUUGGGCAUUGACAGUAUGACAGAGCAAGCGCUGGGCAGUGAUGAAGAACAAUGGGAAAAAGAUCUGGAGGCUGAGUUAAAGGACUACGAAGUGGUAAGCGACACAACAGGCGGCGGCACGACAACAACUCACAGUCGUGACCGCGCUGACGGCGCCGGCAAUACUGGUGAUGGCAAUGGCGAUGACGACGAAAUACCGACAAUAUCUAAUCUGCGCACACGUUCAACAAACAACGAUUGGGAGGAGUAUGCCGAUCUGAUCGAAGAUACCGAUGAUUUAAAGUAAUUAAGAGCCUAUAUCGUAGCUUCUUCUAACUAAGUUCAUACAUAUAAUCGUUCCAAUAUAUUAUAUUUACUACAUACAUACUCCAUAUAUUUUUUACCAAUAUGUAAAGCCUUCAAACUGUGAUUUAUGUUUGAAAAUGUAUUGUUUGUUUUAUAUUCAAUUUCUCAAUUACUGCGCAUACGUUUACUUGACUUAACUUAAUUGUUGUACUUGUAAUUGACGUGUAACAUAUUUUCUGAUUUUUCUUCUUUUCUCUCCUUUCACAUACUUUUCCAAACCUGACUUUUGCCAACGACGGCUUUACCGUUUCUUUCUGACCUUACCUUUAAUUUAUUGUGUACCAUAUACGCUUUUUGUUUUUCUACCCGAAUACAACUAACUGUAUUUUAUGUUUUGUGGUUGUGUUUGUAUUGGAAACUGUAUUGCUGCCAAUGAAUUACACAUUCAAUGAAUUUAUUAUAAAUCAAUUAUAUAAUUCAUGAUUUUAUAAUCAACAAAUCUGAAAACUGAAAACUAAAAACAUAAUGUAAUAAUGUAAAUGUUUAUUUAUACAAAUAAAAUAUAUCACAUUUACUUGAUGUAGAACACUAAAAAGUUUGAAGCGGGUCAUGCUGGGUUAUCAAUGAGCCGAAGAGUUCUUUACGAAUUUUUUUGUUUUCUUUAUAUUUUGAGUUUGAAAUUUGUAAAUGUUAAAUGAAAUUGAUAUUUAAAGCGCGUAAAGUAGAUUUUUCUCAAUAAAACCUAGUUUUAAAUACUUAUUUUAUAGUUUCAUUUAAAAUAUCGAAUAAAUUUACAAUACAGUUAAAUACAGUUGAACUUCCCUAACUCGAAUCACCAUAAUUCACAAAAUAACUUCGAGCUUAAAUGACUUCAGAUUUAAGAAGGUAAAAUGUAUGACAUUUGACUUCUGUUGUCAAUUCAAGAGUCCGAGUUAUGAAAGUUCAACUGUAGUUUCAAAUCAUUUGUGUUUUGAAUUUUGAGUGAGAACUUUAAGAUAUAAUAAUAAUAUAAUAUAAAAAUAUAUAUUUUUUUAAUUUACAAAUGGGGAAAAUUAUAAAAAAUAGAACUGAAUUCAUUUUUUAUUUUCCAUAAUUGUAAUAACAAAGCAAAAAAAAAAAUAUUCAAAAUAAUUAAUUUUAUGUUUAAUUAUAUAAAUUAUUUAGAACAAUUUAUGUUUGACUGUUAUUGAAUUCAUUGGCGAUUAAAACUGAAUUACUGAAUUAAACGCAUAUUAUGACUUUACCAUAUUAUGUAUUUAUACAUUUUUAAAACUAUUUUUUAGUUUCAAAAUUUAUUUUUGACUAAA